AUGGAGAUCGACGCCGGAAACUUUUGGGAACUGCUCCCGACUCUACUCCUCAUCAUUGCCUCGUCCGACUAUGUCGCCAUCAACCUUCAAAUGACCGACCCUGCGAUCAAGGGCGAACUGACCUCGGGCGAUACCAUAUCCCUCAACCAGGUGUACGGCAGAGUCAAGGAUGCUGCACCGAAGUUCGAAGUUACCCAUCUGGGCAUCACAGCGCUUCACUGGAACGGAAACGGCUAUACAUCCCAUUCCUUUAGGAUCGCCAUCAACCCCCUGCUUCCUGAUACAACCCAAGAAGAGCAAGAGUUAUCGAAUCAUCUUGAUCGGCGGCUCAACCUCUCACAGACAUCACUUCGGUUUCUCCAACAAUACAAGCUCGAUUUGUCUGCAGCCUUUGGCAAUGCUGUUCCGUACCUCACCCGCCGCGAGUGCAACCUCGCCAGGCUACGGUUGACCAGGGAGAUCUGGCCGGCAAAAACAGAUCCGAUGGCAAUUAAUCGGAAAGACGUGGCAAGCAUUGUCAAAUGGAUUGAAGAUGCUCUUCAAAAUUGGCUUAAAGGUGACUCCAUGAACAGUCCCUCAUACUCGAGGUCGUCCGGAAAAAGUUCCCGCAAUGCCACUGUUGGAGGCAUAAUGAUAACUAGGGAAUGGUCAUUUGCCACCUUGAUCAAGCUACUCUGGAAGCCCGUUUGGAAGACCAAAUUCAAUGAGCUAGAGGUAAAGAGAGGAAUUAUUGUGAAUCAACUGGGCCUGUUGUGGAUUUUCGAGGCACUCAGCGGCAACACUAAGAAGUUUGCCGAAAUGACACAGUUUGGGCUUAAUCCUCGCAUACAGCCUCCUCGUCCUGAAGUCUUGGUAUCACUGGGGCAGGAUCUAGAGAAGUGGCAAGGAAGUGCUGCCGAGCAGCUUUUGAAAGUAUUUCGAAUGGCGGAGAGCAGCCAACCAACGCUUUUGGUGCAUAAUGCCCUCGUAGACCUGGGGUUCCUCUACACCAUGAUCUCCGGGUCGUUUCCUCACACUAAAACCGCUUUUCAACAUCAUAUCCAUAAAGACCUCUUCCCAUCUGUCAUCGAGACCAAAGUACUUGUCACUCAACUAUUCAACCCCACCGUUCACGAAGUUGAGAUCCAUAACAUGUACCAUGAAAUGAGACACAUGGUGCUUCCUGUUCCGACGGUGCAAGGAUGGGGGCAUGACAUUAACUUGGGUGCCGAUGGUACUGUUCUUCUUCCCUAUGAAGCUGGCUCUGAAAGUUACAUGACUGCAAUAGUCUUUCUUAAGGCCGCCUCUGAACGAUGGCAAAGCUUGAGACUGGAGAAAUGCAAGACGGAGCCCGCAACUGACGACAAUCAGUCGUCGGUGGAGGCUGGCAGUUGCGGCGAGGCCUCCUCCCAGAACUUGGACACAAGUCUCUCAGAAAUGGACACAAGUCUCUCAGAAAUAGACAAUCGCCUCCCUCGUCUGUCUAACGAUUUCUGGGCGAACAUCCUUAACCGAAUCUUCGUGGGCCCUCGCCAUCUCUUGGAACUUGACGAGGAAAUCAACAUCGCAUUCGCCAGCCCCGGCUCCCUUACUCCAGAGGAUAGUUUUUGGUCACCCCAAGAGGCGUCAGAGCCCGAAUCGGAGUCUCUACUGGGCUCAGAGAAUUUGGGUGCUCCGGAUAGCCUUCAACAACAUGUCCCUAUCACCUGCGAGCGACUCCUGAAGGAUGCCCAUGAGCACGGCGAGAAUCUGCAGCUGUUUUCACGCAUAUGCAGGGAGGCCUUCAUUAAUGAGGACGAAGACCUUGUCCGGGGUCAGAUCCGUGAGAUAGUGCGUGAGCUUGGUGAGGUACGGGGAACCUUUUACAAGUUUCUACAGAGCGGGGGAGAUUAA